UCCUAUGGAUUUUAGUAAUUUGUCCUCAUUGCAAAGACUAGAUCUAGGGAAUAAUCCAAUUUGUAGCCUACCAAAUUGUAUCAAAGGAUUAGCGAGGCUCGAUAAACUCUCAUUUUCCAUGUGUACGAGUCUCAAAUCGCUUCUCAUGUUACCAAAACUAAACGAAUUGGAUAUCACCAAUUGCAUGUCAUUGGAGAAAAUAACGUAUCAAUACCCCCGUUUAGCUUGGGAAGGCCGUACCAUAUUAUGUCGCAACUACAACCUAGUUGAGUGGGAGUACAUGUACAAGUUACAACCCAUAGGAAGUGUAGAGGUAGAAACUAUCAACCUCUUGGGAUUGGGCAACUUGUUGGAAUCAAUGGCACCCAUUGGGAUGUACAUACGACACAAAAAUUUACACAAGGAGGAUCCAAUUCCCGUCCAGGGACUGUACCAACGUGGUAUAUUCAGCACAUUUUUUUGUGGGACUGAGGUUCCAGGCCAAUUCAGCCAUAAAAGCAGAGGGUCCUCAAUAUCUUUUACUGUGCCAUUACUUGAUAAUCACAGAACUCGAGGCUUGAUUGUCUUUGUUGUCUAUGUGAAUGCUGGCUAUAAUCCUGCUAUUGUCCACCACGAUUAUGUAUCACACUACGGUAUUCCAGGUGAAGGAGAAGACAUGAUAUGGUUAAGCCACUGGAAGUUUCAGGAUGAUCAGUUAGAAGGUGGUGAUGAAGUGAUUGUUUCUGUAAUUAUGAAAUCUGGGCUUCUGGUAAAGGAGUUGGGCAUCCAACUUGUGCAGGUGCAACAAGAAGAGAAUCAUAAUAUGAUGAGUAUUUCCACAGAUUCUUCUUAUGAUGAUGAACCAUGGUUUAAUAGCGAGGACUAUGAUGAAGUAUAUAAUAGCGAGGACUCUGAGGAGGUUUUCUCUCGUUUUGUAUGUCUACCUGACGAAGAAGAAGAGCAACAUGAUGAUAUCACAGUUGCAACCACCACAGGCAGCAAUAACUCAGGCGGCCUCCGUGGCUGGAAGGUGCUCGUCACCGCAGCUUGCUUCUUUCUCACCCUUACUCUCAUCACUCGGUCUUCUCCCUCACGCAGAAAGAAGCAACCGUCCACAAGCCCUGGAUGAAUUGUAUGUACAUCUCAACAGCAGACUCUGUUUUCUCUUCUUAGAAGGCAACUUUUUCAGGUAAUAAAAGGCUCUGUUUCUGCGGAUAACCAGAUCAGAAUCAUCAAAUAAUAUACUAGCAAUAUAUUUAGAUUAAUAACUGGAACAAGUAUGCUAGAGUCGUUCAUUGGACCCAAGCCCAUUCAGUUUCUGUUUACAACAAAGGGGCUUCUAAUUCUGUGAUUGGGCCAUGACCGAAAAUUAUUCCUCCACAUUGCCUGUUUCUUUAUCGGAAAGGACAAAGACUGCAUUGUUAAAAUACUAGAUGGAUGUGAUUUCUAUACAAUUGUGGUCUCAUCGAUAGAUGUUUGGUGACAAUUGAUAAAUAUGACAAGGUGCGGAUGCAUGACCUGAUUCGUGGAAUGGGAAGAGAAAUUGUUCGUCUAGAAUCAGAGGAGCCUUCGAAACGUAGUAGAGUUGGCGUCAUAAGGAUUCCUUCAAAAUCCUGGCAGAAAAGAAUGGUACAAAAGCAAUUGAAGGUCUUGUCCUCAACAUGCAUAUGCUCCCUACAAACAGUCGCAUAAACUCAAACGAUAUAGUCUUGGAAACCAAUGCAUUUGCAAGGAUGCAUGAACUAAAACUACUGCAUCUUAGUCAUUUACAACUCGAUGGAUGUUAUGCAGAAUUUUGUACAAAAUUAAGAUGGUUGUGUUGGCUUAAAUUUCGUUUGGAUUCUAUGCCAAUCGAUUUUCCUUUGGGGAGCCUGAUUGUUCUUGAAAUGCAAUAUAGCGGCUUAAGACAAGUCUUUGAAGGAACAAAAUGUCUUCCCUCGUUGAAGAUCCUUGAUCUCAGCCAUUCUCAUUCACUUACAGAAACCACCGACUUCUCAUUUUGCCCAAAUCUAGAGAAAUUGAUUCUUGUAGGUUGUGAAGGCCUGGUUGAUGUCAAUGGAUCCAUUGGGAAUCUUGAGAGUCUUGUUUACUUGAGUAUGAAGGAUUGCAAAAAUCUUAGGAUGCUUCCAGAGAAAGUGUUUAUGCUAAAAUCACUUGAAACACUUAUUAUAUCUGGUUGCACAAAUCUUAAUGAGUUAUCAAUUGAGAUGUUAAGGAACAUGGAAUCUCUGAAAGUGCUUGAGAUAGAUGAAAUCCAGAUAACUCAAUUAUGGCGAGGAAGAAGUUCAUGUAUCUGGAGUUCUUUACCAUGCUCUCUAGUAAAUUUAAGUGUUCGGGGGUGCAAUCUUUCGGAUGAUAACUUUCCCAGGGAUUUUAGUAAUCUAUCUUCAUUGCGAAGGCUAAACGUAGGGAAUAAUCCAAUUUGUAGCCUGCCAAAUUGCAUCCAAGGUUUAACAAGGCUCGAUGAACUCUCUUUUAACAAGUGUACAAGGCUCAAAUCGCUUGUGGGUUUACCAAAACUACAUAAGUUGCUAAUCCAAAAUUGCAUAUCAUUGGAAAAAAUUACAUAUCAGUACUUUCAAGGCAAAGGGCAUUGUACCCAUGUGGGUGACAACCGCAAUCUAGUUGAGUGGGAGGACAGGUUCAAGCUAGAACCCAUUGGAAGAGUUGAUGUAGAUAUGAUCAACCUUUUGGGCUUGUGCAACUUGGAAUCCAUGGCACCCAUUCGGAUGCACAAAAAAUACAGUAAUUCAAUAAAGGGUGAUCGAAGUCCUGUCCAGGGACUGUACCAACGUGGUAUAUUCAGCACAUUUUUUGGUGGGAAUGAGGUUCCAGGCCAAUUCAGCCAUAAAAGUAGAGGGUCCUCAAUAUCUUUUACUGUGCCUUUGCUUGAUAAUCACAGAAUUAAAGGCUUGAUCGUCUGUGCUAUCUAUGCGAGUUCUGGCUCUGAUUUUCCUUACGAUCAUAGGACUGGUUUUCCAGGUGUUGCUGGGCAGUCAGAAAUAAGAGCAAGGGUCUGAAGUGGUACUCUGUACCUGGACACUUUGGUAUUCCAGGUGAAGGAGAAGACAUGAUAUGGUUAAGCCACUGGAAGUUUAAGGAUGAGCACUUAGAAGGUGGCGAUCAAGUGGUGGUUUCAGUACGUAUGGCACAUUGCUUUCAGGUGAAGGAGUUGGGGAUCCAGUUUGUGCAGGUGGAACAAGAGAGUCAUAAUAUGAUGAGUACCACCAUUUAUCCUGUUGAUCCAUGUUCAAGGAUGAGUCACGCAGGAGAAUACUUGUUCAAUGAUGAAGAUACAAGAGACAAUGAAGAAGAGCAACAGGAUGAUCGCUCAAUUGCAGCCCCCACAGGCAGUAAUAACUGCAGCAGCUGCCUCCAUGGCUGGAAAGUGCUCAUCACCGCAGCUUGGAACCUCACGCUUUCUCUCUCACGCAGACAGAAGCAACAGUCAGAAAGCCGUGGCUGAAUUAUUUGUACAUCUCAACUCAACAGCUGGUUAUUUGUACAUCCAAUGUCUUCCCAAGACCUUUUCGUUUCAUAGCAUCAAAUACAUCUUCUAUUGAACCAAGUUUUUCUAACGUUCUCUCUUGAUUUUUUGUUCUAUUCAGUUACAAAAAGACUUUCACCAAUAAACGAUAUAAUGUUUACAAGGAACGGAGAGAGAUUUUAAUUGACAACUGUCAAUGUCUAUCAAGAACAUCCUCCACUUUUCUUAUAAAUGUCAAAC